AUGGGGUUGGCGUGCAGCUGCGGCGACAUGCGCGUCGUGUCCGCCGUCUCCGUGGCCGACCGCCCCCCGGCCGAGGCCGAGCCGGAGGCCGCCGCGGUGGCUGACGGCCUGAUGGACGACGACGGCGUCAUCCGGGGCGCGGACGGCCCCGAGGCGGACGUCUCCCUCGGCGAGUUCCUGCUGCAGCACCUGCGGGAGCACGCGGCGGCGCAGCGCGUCGCGCAGGUGGACGCAAGCACGGGGGACGUGUGGUCCUUCCAGACGCUCUUGUCCGAGGCCGUGCAGGUGGCGUCGGCACUGGCCGAGGACGGCCUCGGCCCCGGCGACACCAUCGCCUUCUUCUCCAAGAACUACCACGAGCUGUACGGCGGCGUGCUGGGCUGCGUCCUGGCCGGCAUCACCGUGGCCACCAUGGUGCCGACCCACGGGCCAGCCGAGCUCAAGCACCAGCUGCUGCUCUGCAUGCCCAAGGCCAUCUUCGUGGAGGCCGAGCUGCUGCCGCGCACGCAAGAGGCCCUGGACGGCUUCCCCGCCGACGUGAGGGUCUUCACGCUCCAGACCGUGGCCGACGACGAAGUGACGAGCUACGCGGCCUUGUCGGAAAGGGGCUUCGACACCGACCCGGACGCCUACUCGCCGGCGGAGAUCCCCGAUCGGAAAAGCCACGUCGCCUUCAUCCUGUACUCGUCGGGCACCACGGGGCUGCCCAAGGGCGUGCAGAUCCCCAACCACGGCCUCACCACCAUGAUCAUGAACGUGAGCGGCUUGCCCACCGACCUCGAGGGCGUCGGGGACGUGCUCACCGUGCUCGUGCUGGCCCCCAUCUCGUGGAUCUCCGGCGUGGUGCUGCUGCUCAAGGCCACGCAGGUCGGCGCGCGCAGGGUGUCCAUGGCGAACCCCGUCCCCAAGACCGUGCUGUCCUGCCUGCAGACGUACAAGGUGAACGUCUGGCCCACGGCGCCCUCGGUGCUGCUGGGGCUCGUCCACCACCCCGCGCGCCGCCUCUUCAACUUCUCCAGCAUCAAGUGCAUCCUGAGCGGCGGCGGCCCGCUGUCCGCGGAGCUGCAGGAGGAGGUGUCUCGCAAGCUGGGCUGCUUGGUGGUGCAGGGCUACGGCUCCACCGAGAUGGGCAUCCUGGUCACGGCCAGCCCCGGCCAGAACAAGCCGGGGUCGCUGGGCGUCAUCGAGGACAAGGUGUCCGUGCGGCUGGUGGACCUGGACACGAACGAGGUGAUCCGGGAGCCGGGCCGCGUAGGCGAGAUGCGCGCCAGGGGGCCCUGCAACAUGAUCGGCUACAUCGGCAAUCCCGAGGCCACGGCGGAGUGCUACGACGAGGAGGGCUGGUUCAAGACGGGCGACCUGGUGUACUUCGACUCGGACGGCUUCUUCUUCUACGUGGACCGCCUCAAGGAGAUGAUCAAGUACAAGUCCCACCAGGUCGCGCCUACCGAGGUGGAGGCCUUGCUGGUGACGCACCCCGCCGUCAGGGACGCCUGCGUCAUGGGCAUACCCAACCUCAUGGACGGCGAACACCCCAUGGCGUUCGUCGUCAGGAGCAAGAAGGUGGAGGCGCAGGAGCUGCAGGACUUCGUGGCGCAGCGCCUGUCCGAGCCCAAGCACUUGCGCGGAGGCAUCAUCUUCCUGGACAGCAUCCCCAGGACGGUGACGGGCAAGACGCAGCGCGCCGCGCUCAAGAAGAUCCUGGCCGAACGGAGGGAGGAGUAGAGUCGAGUAGAGUUCUGCACAGUGCACAGCAAAAUCCAAAAGUAAAUGAUUUGUUUCGUUCCGUAUCGCCCCGUCAUUUCCGUUGCUCCCAAAC